AUGCUGUUGGACGAGAGCGACACUGUGCUGCGAUGGACGCCCGACGGCCGCGCCUUUGAGAUCCACGACAUGCAGGAGAUGACGGCUCGCGUACUUCCCAAGUACUUCAAGCACUGCAAGUACACGAGCUUCCAGCGCCAGCUCAACUACUUCAACUUCCGCAAGUGGACCAAGUCCAAGGCUGUCGUCUGCACCUUCUCCAAUGAUUUCUUCCUGCGCGACCAGCCUGAGCUUGCAUGGAGAAUCACGCGCAAGAAGUCUCUCAGCCCGCAUCAGACUGAGCCACUCGACUGGAUUGACUGUCUGCUACCGCCGACGGACGACUCGUACAUGUGUAUGUACCCGCCAGCAGUGCCCUUCACUAUGAACAGUGUCAACAUGCGCAAGAGCUUCGAGUUCGUGCCCUCCGCUACUCUGUGA